UUUUUGAAACUUUUGUGUUUGUUAUUCGAGAAAAGCAAAGAUGGAGGUGAAAAUUUUGUCAAGAGAAACUAUUAUGCCCUCUUCCCCAACUCCCCCUCACCUUAAAACCUUCGAACUUUCACUUAUCGACCAAUUGUCUCCUCCACUUUAUAUUCCUCUUUUAUUUUUCUACCCCAUCAAAAACAAACAUGAUCUCGAGACCCACAACCAAAAGAAAGCAAUCGCAACACUGAAAAAUUCUCUAUCAAAAACUCUAACUAAUUUUUUCUUGUUGGCAGGAAGAAUCACCAACACGUCCAUUCGUUGUAGCAACGACGAAGGAGCUGUCUUUAUCGAAGCAACCGUUAACUGCAACAUUUCCGACAUCCUCAAAGAACCAAACAAUGAGGUUUUAACGAAACUCCUCCCGUGUUCUAUUCAAUGCACUAAACCAACAGAAGAAUAUGCUCAGAUUGUUGCUCAAGCCAACAUCUUCAACUGUGGUGGAAUUGUGAUCUCUCUUUGUUUGUUGCACAAGCUCAUGGAUGGGAUAAGUUUUAGUUGUUUUCUCAAAUCUUGGGCAUCCAUUAAUAAAGGGUCUUUGGAUAAUUCUUCUCAAAAUUUGGUAUGUUCCAACUACAAAACAUUCUCCUCGCUCUUUCCCCAAACAAACUUAUUGUCUUUUCAUCACCAAAUACACGAAGGAGUAGACGACAUAUGCUCGAGUUCCAAACCGAACCGUUGUUUGCAACGGUUCGUGUUCGGAGCGAAAGCAAUAUCAGAUCUAAAAGCGAAAGCAAAAUCCACUGAGGUUCCAAAUCCAACCAGUGUUGAAGCAUUAACUGGAUUUAUUUGGAAUUGUGCCAUGAAAUUGAAAGCUACAUCUAUGGGAAAUGAUGAUGAUUCUCAAAGGCCAUCCACUUUGUCACAUGUGGUGAACUUGAGAAAGAGAAUGGAGCCGCCAUUGCCUGAAAUCUCAAUAGGGAACGUUUUGUGGGGUAUGGUUGCUCAUUAUUGUUCAUCAAAUUAUGAAACUCAAGUGGAGCUAAGGGAUUUAGUGGUUUUGUUGAGACAAUCAUUUUCAAAAAUCAACAAUGAUUUCAUAAAAGGGUUGAUGGGAAAUGACGGAAAUAGAGCUGUUUUGGAGUUGCUUGGUGAGAUAAAUAAGUUUCCAUCUAAAGUUCCAAAUUAUUACUUUUUCACAAGUUGGAGAAAUAUGGAUUUGAAUGAGGUCGAUUUUGGAUGGGGGAAGCCUAUAUGGAUUGGCAUUGCGGGGAAUUCAAAUGUUAUAACCAAGGAUUUUAUUCUUUUGUUGGAUACCCCAUCGGGCGAUGGAAUAGAGGCAUGGAUGGUACUCGAUCAAAAGAAAAUGAAACUUUUACAACAAAAUCCACAAUUUCUCGAGUUUGCAUCGUUGAAUCCGAGUAUCUCUAUAAAAGGCGAGGUUGAAGAUUUGAAUCUCUAAUCUUUAACCGAAGCGUUGUUCAUGAUGUAUUAAUUAAUUGAAUUAUGUUGAAGUUCAAUAGCUUCCAUUAAAAUUGAAUUAAGUUGUUAAUUGAGACUGGAAUAAUA